AUGAGUGACGAAUAUGAAUAUCCUUCGAAGAAGGUGAUAAAGAAGAAGGUUGCUGCUCCACCUGCUCAGCUUCGCGCUGCCGCUCCACAGAAGGAGGUAAAGAACCCUUUGUUCGAGAAGAGACCAAGGAACUUCAACAUUGGAUGCGACAUCCAGCCUAAAAGAGAUGUGACGCGCUUUGUGAAGUGGCCCAAGUACAUUCGCCUGCAGCGUCAGAAGGCUGUGCUUCAGAAGCGACUGAAGAUCCCUCCACCGAUCAACCAGUUUAGAAGCGCACUCGACAAGCAGACGUCUUCUCAACUCUUCAACCUUCUGAACAAGUACCGUCCUGAGUCGAAAGAACAGAAGAAGGAACGUCUGCGUGCUCGUGCUGAGGCUCGCGCUGCAGGUAAAACUGAGGAGAUCACAAAGCGUCCACCAACCGUUCGCCACGGUAUUAACACUGUUACACGUCUUGUGGAAACCCGUAAGGCCCAACUCGUUGUAAUUGCGCAUGAUGUCGACCCUAUCGAGAUCGUCAUCUUCCUGCCUGCCCUUUGCCGCAAAUUCGGUGUCCCAUACGCUAUUGUGAGAGGAAAAGCUUCUCUCGGAACUGUUGUACGACGCAAGACCACUUCUGCUGUUGCUAUCGUCGAUGUCAACCCCGAAGACCGAUCUGCCCUUUCGAAGCUGGUAGAGACUGUCUCGACGAACUUCAAUGAGAGGGGUGAGGAGAUCAGGAAGCAUUGGGGUGGCGGUCUUAUGUCGGCUAGAUCAGAAGCGAAGAAGCUCAAGAUUGAGAAAGCUCGAGCAAAGGACCUCGGAAUCCGUGCGUAA